CCUAAACAAGCUCUCCACCUUCCCCUCCAAAUUAUGCACUUCUUUCAACGACAUUGCCUUCUCCAAAUUGCCUCCCAGUUUUGGUAAACUGAAAACCCUCACCAUCAUCGUUCGAUUCCAAUCCAUUCAAAAUCGAAUUCAAUUCACGAUCCCUUUCUUUCAGGGUCGCUAUUGAAUUUUGAUAACGUCCCAUUUUUAGCUCUGCCGCCUUCGUUAUUUUACCACCAUCCCUCCAAUUUCUCUGCCUCUCUUUCCCUUUUCUCGGGUAAAAAAACGAAUCGUCAGGAUGAAUGCGGCUGCAACAAAGCCGCUGCCGGGAAUCGCUACUCUGAAGGCGGGAUUCUGGACCUCGCGCGACGCAGACGCCGUGACCAACUUCAACCCGACGAGGAGGAGGAACAAGGGCGAAGGUCGCUGUUUGAGGAUCAAGGCUAUGGAAGACUCGCCGGCGAGCUCGAACCAAGCGGGGAGGGUUGCUGACCAUAAGGAGUCGUGUUUGGAUGCUGUAUCGGUGAACGGGCAUGCUCACGCCGGGAAUAAUCGCGGCCCACUAUCUACUGUUGGGAAUUCAACAAACAUCAAGUGGCACGAUUGCUCUGUUGACAAAAAUGGAAGGCAAAGGUUGCUGAAUCAGAAAGGUUGUGUCAUAUGGAUCACGGGUCUCAGUGGUUCAGGAAAGAGCACUGUGGCUUGUGCAUUGAGUCAACUCUUGUAUCAAAGAGGGAAGUUGUCUUACAUUCUUGAUGGAGAUAAUGUAAGACACGGUCUAAACCGUGAUCUUAGUUUUAAGGCAGAAGAUCGUGCAGAGAACAUCCGCCGAGUUGGUGAGGUAGCUAAGUUGUUUGCUGAUUCUGGAGUAAUUUGCAUUGCAUGCCUGAUCUCUCCCUACAGAGCGGAUCGGGAUUCCUGUCGUGCUAUGUUACCAACUGGAGAUUUUAUUGAGGUUGAUGCUUAUUACUACCUUGACUCUCUAGUGUUCAUGGAUGUUCCACUCCGAGUUUGUGAAGCCAGAGACCCAAAGGGAUUAUAUAAGCUUGCUCGUGCUGGGAAAAUAAAGGGUAAUAUUUGAUAACGCAUGUGGUAGUUUCUCACAUUAAAAGAAAGCAGUUGCAUGAAUGUAGUCGGGACUUCGUAUUGUGAUUGUACCCCUUUGCAAUAUGCCCG